ACAAUUUUACUGACAGGUGAAGGCUGAGCUUUGGAUUCUUGUAUUUUGUUACAGUCAAAGUUAGCUGAUACUAGAGCAGUCGUCAUGGUGCUGCUGAGAAAGAGGAAGUUUGUGUCACCGACAGGGAGGAUACAGAGCUUUACACGAGGAUAUGGUAAAGGUAAUUUUGCAGUUUCUUAUAUUUGCAGUGUUUGUCGUAUGAACUACACACCGAAUACCAUCAAAAUAUGGUCACUUGUAGUUUUACUUUUGUUCUAUUUUAGGAAUAAUAUGUUAAAUACAUUAAGACUUGAACAGAAAAAUCCCAGUGAUGGGGACAGCUCGGAUUCUGGGUCAGAGCUUGGACUUGAGCCAGAGACAGACCGCUUUGGGUUCCUUCUUACUGAUGGCUCCACUGAUAGCGUCAGGACUGUGGGCCCAUCUCCUGUUCUCGUGAGACAGAGAGAGGCCAAGUGGAUCAACAUCAUCGAUCAGUGGGACCGGUUGCUACUCAAGAAAACGAGUAAGAUCAAAGUGCAGUGUCAUAAGGGAAUACCAGCUUCACUCCGAGCAAAGUGCUGGCCACUGCUGAGCGGCGCCUCUGACCAAAUGAAAAAACAUAAAGACUUAUACACGUUACUGGACUCACAGCCUGCUCUAACACAGUGGGAGGAUGUGAUUGAGAGAGACUUGGACCGUCAGUUCCCUUUCCACGAGAUGUUUGUUGCCAAGGAUGGACAUGGGCAGCGAAGUCUGUUUCAAGUCUUGAAGGCCUACACACAAUUUAAGCCCGAGGAGGGAUACUGCCAGGCCCAAGGACCAGUGGCUGCAGUCCUACUUAUGAACAUGCCUGCUGAGGAAGCUUUUUGGUGUUUGGUGCAAAUAUGUGAACAAUACCUGCCUGGAUACUACAGCCCCUUACUUGAGGGCGUGCUAUUUGAUGCUGCCAUAUUGAUGUGGGUUUUAAAAAAGUCCUGUCCAGCUGCACACAAACAUCUGCAAUAUCAUGGUGUGGAGCCGCUCAUGUUUGCCACAGACUGGCUCAUGUGCUUGUUCACCCGACAUUUACCGUUCAACACACUGCUUAGAGUGUGGGACCUCUUCUUCUGUUAUGGGGUACGGGUGUUGUUGCAGGUAGCUGUGGUAUUGGUACAGCGGGUUCUGGGUCGUGAAGACCAGAGGAAACAGUGCUGUGGUCAGAUGGAGACUCUACAGAAGCUCAGAGGCAUCAGAGAGGAGGUCAAAGAUGAGGAAGAUGACUUCAUUUUUGAAGUCCUGUCGGUGUCACUCUCAGCCAAAGAUCUGCAAAAACGGACAGAGAAAGAAAUACAAAAAUGGAGAAAAGAACGGCCCUCGUCCACCUUUGACCCCAGAGAUCGUUGUCUGGGAUACCACAUGGCAUGGCUGCGAUCUCGACAAAGCACGGAAGAAUGUGAAAGGAGGGAUAGAGAAAAAGGAAACUUGUCUGUUCCUCUUUUUCGGUCAGCCUCCAGUCUCUCCUUGUCACCGUCAAAAUGGCAAAAGGGGGUGAAGGCAAAAAGCGGUGUCAAGCUCAUGAGACAUCUUUCCAUGGGGGCAAAAGAGGACUGCCGAAGUUUGGCUAAUCUGAAUGUUAAAAAGGUUCAGAGUCUACAAGACAAUGGUUUUGAUUUAAUAGAAAAGAAAAAGCAGAGUGACCCAGGGCAAGAACACCAAAUCCAACAAAAUGAAUUAUUAGAAGAAUCAGAAAUUCAGCAAAUACAAAAUGUUCCUCAAAUAACUAUUAAAGACCAAACAGAGCAGAUAAAUGAAAAAGUAGUAAUCAAAUCUGCAGCAGACUCACCCGAGCAAGAGGAAAAUGUAGAUCCCAAACUUCCACAAAUUGAUGACAUUACAAAUCAACAAAAAGAGAAACAAUCAACUACGAGCAAAGAGCCAAGUCAAAACCCAGAUGCGACUAAUACUGAAGAAGACGAUUCAAACAAAGAUAGUGUAGUUGAAACGUACUUAAUUGUUAAUACAAUUACCACAAAUACAGACGUACAACCCAGUGUACAAAUAAAUGAGACCAUACAAACAGAGGUUGAUAAUGGACAAGAGAAAAUUAGAGUCAGUGUAAAUCACGUUAAGUCACUCAAACAGUUAGCUACAGAAGCUACUAGACGCUCUGAGAGUAAGAAUGAGACAAAAGAUUCUGGGGAGAAGGUUUCAUUAGCAGGACAAUUUUACUUAACUGAGUCAUUACCGGGAACUGAAAUCAAGUCCCACAACCAAGCAGAAGUAGAGAUAUAUGAAUUGGCAGCACAAGAGCCAAUUACUGAUGCAGCUUCGAGUGGCAAUGACGCACCUAAUAUGGAUGCAAAACACCUUCAAAAACAGAUGGAAAAGACUCAAGGAGAGAUAUUCACACAAAGUUGCAGGAAUGGCAUUCAAGCCAUUAGACAAGAUAUUUCUGCUAAAUUAGAGGUUUCAGAAGCCCAAAUACUUGUUGAUUCUCAGAGUAUCCCAAUAACCUGUGAUGGAAUAGAAGAGGCUACUUACUUCAAUAUGUUGCCCCAAACGCAGCAGUGUUCAUCAUCUGAGCCAUCAGGUGAAAAUCUCAGCACAGAUGCAGAUACUUCCACGCAAAAUUUUAAACAUUGCACUCCUGAAAAGGAAAAGCAGAGUAAUGUUUAUAACCUAGAUAAGGAACUUCAAACAAGGAAAGAAAGCAAUGAUAUUCACCAAUUAGAAUGUGAAUUUAUGAACACCAACCAACAGUAUAACUUCAGGUCAUCUGGAGAUUUCAGGGUCCGAAAAUCAUCCAGCUCUCGUGGGUCAAGGUUUGCACGUAGGCUGUCAGCAGAUCUCUUCACCACUCCUCAAUUAGUGGAGCAGAAGGUAAUAAAUAAUAUGGAUCACAUAGAAACCAAUGAAACUAUCCAAAUGUCAAGAAAUCCAGAGACAGAGGCUACAACACACAAGGAACAUCCACCAAAACGUUUUGGUCUGUUUCGCAGACUGAGAGAAGAAAAAAAGAACAAAAAACAGAGCAAACCCAAACUACAAGUCCCCAAAAUCCUGAUUCAGGACUUUAGUGAUGUUAGAGAAAUAGGCCAAGUAACAGAAGUAGAAAGCAAGCUGACAUCCAGGGAACGGAGGAGACAACGGAGAGAGCAGAAAAGAAAAGAGAAAGAUGAUGAAAAGGAAAAAAAUAAAGAAGAGUUGGAAAAAGAGAGUAGAAGAGGUCAGGACAAGAGCACAAGUGUUCAUGCCCAAAGCGAGAAAGAUAAGCUUCAACUCAGAGAUGCCGUUUCACAAUCUAGGAACGAAACUUCAUAUGCAGAUGUGUACUUUUAAAUUCAAGUUAAGCUGAAAAUUAUUACAGUAAAUACCUGAUGGCAUUGAAAGACUAUGUGAUACAAAAAUAAACUAAACAAAAUCUGAGUAAAUACUGUUUUUUAUUUACAGGGACAAUCAAACUAUGAAGAAUAAUUAACAGUAUGGACUUCUGUUCAUAAUUUAACUAUUUUAAACCCCCGCAUUAUUGUCCAAAUAAAAGCUGUAAUAUAAGGGUCAAACGUUA